CAGACUAAAUGUGUGACCAGUUUCAAGUCUCCAAGUCUAAGUUGCAGAAGCUACAGGAGCGUAAACAUGAGCCGCAGUCCAGAGAGGAUGUCUUCAUACCGCCGGCAUUUCGAGGGCACCUUUGCCUCCCCUCUUGCCUCCCAGGUCCGGGUGUCUAGCCCCUCUCCCACCCGCAGGGACACCCGCCAUCGGUCGGCCAGCUUCACCAGGAGCGGUGGGACGAUGGGGCGCAGGGCCAUCUCCGAUAGGGCUCGCAUGACCAGUGUGAGUAUGGGAGCGCUGUGCUUUGGUAUGUCCAUGGGACUUGGGCCAAAACUGGACCUGGAUGCGGCUGCAGCAGAGAACCGGGCCUUUAUGACGACUAGAACCAAUGAGAGGCAGGAGAUGGUGGCCCUCAACGACCGCCUGGCAGCAUAUAUUGAAAAGGUGCGAACCCUGGAGUCCAAAAACAAGCUGCUGGAGGCUGAGAUUCAGACCCUGAAGAGCCGCCAUGUCAGACCAUCAGGCCUCAGGCAGCUGUACGAGGCCCAGCUGAACGAUCUCAACAGGGUCGCCAUGCAAAUGAGAGCCCAGAGGGAUGUGUCUUUGGCAGCUAAGGAGACCAUGUUGGGCCAGCUGGACAUGCUAAAGGCCAAAUAUGAUGAGGCUGUUGUCGCUCGGAAAAAGACAGAGCAUGACAUCGAGAUUCUCCGUCCGGAUGUGGAUAGAGCAACCUCAGCACGGAUUGUGCUGGAGAAACACCUGGAACAUCUGGAGGUUGAACUGGCCUUCCUGCAGAGAGUGCACAAAGAGGAAAUCGAGGAACUGAUGCAGCAGAUCUACACAGUAGCCACCAAGGUGGACCUGAGCUUUGGCCUCCCAGACCUCUCCACUGCUCUCAGACAGAUUCAGUCUCAGUAUGACAGCAUUGCUGCCAAAAACCUACAGGAAAUGGACGCUUGGUACGGGUCAAAGUUUCAGGACCUGAGCAACGCCUCCACCAAACACGCUCAGAGUCUUCGAAGUGUGAGGGAGGAAAUCGCAGGCUAUAAGAAGGAUAUUCUCAGCAAGCAACGUGAACUGGAUGCAACGAAGACGAGGAAUGAGUACUUGGAGGCUCAGAUUCGUGAUGCAGUGGAAAAAUAUAAGAAGAAAGAGGAGGACUUACAGGAGCGUAUAGAGGCAAUCAAGCUGGAUCUGAAGAUAACCAAGGAGAAGAUCGCUCUGCUGCUGCGGGAAUACCAGGACCUGCUAAAUGUGAAGAUGGCCCUGGAGAUUGAGAUCAUCACCUACAGGAAGCUGAUUGAGGGGGAAGACAGCCGUCUGAGCACCAUGGUCCAAAACCUGUCCCUGACUGGUGGGAUGCACCUCACUUCCAGUGUUGGCAUGCGUGCGACCUCAGCCUCAGCCUCUGAUAGCUCAGCCCCUGCAUCGGCUUCAAAGCUAGACGGAGCCCUCUGUGAUUCGUCCAGUAGCGGGGCUGAGAAAGCUGCGGGUGCUGGCGGACCCCGAGUGGAGGUGGCCUCAUCAGACACCCAAACAGACUUAGAGGAGCAGGCGACUGAGGUGUCUGAGAGGAAGACUGUCCUCAUCAGAACAGUUAAGACAGACGACGACACUUUUGAGAGCGACACACAGGAACGCACCAUCAUCAUUUCUGGAGCAGCCGAAGACACAGAUGAAGAAUAGACCAUUCAUCAACCCCAAAUCUCUCUGGGCAACCCUUUCUAACUAUAAGCUGUACGGCAAUAUUUCAUGUAAUGUUAUUCAGGUGUUUUCACUGCUUUGAAAUCCUAAAAUUCUAUAUUUAAUUUAAGAAAAAACACACUGUGCAGCAGUAAUAGGGAUUUUUGUACUUGUCCUUAUGCCCAUUUCAGGGAUUGUGUUUGUCCUCCAUGGACUGUGUCACAUCACUCUGCUCUGCCUGCUCCUAACUCCCUCUGGCUUUCUGUUCUUUUAAUCCUCCUGUGUGUCGGGAACAUGUCUUUCAAAGAAACUAAAUAAACAGCAAGCAAUUAUAA